AGCUGCUACAUAAGCCCUCCUCAUCAGUAUCUACCUUCCUACAUAGAACCCCUGACCUAGCUUUCACUUGGAACACCCACCAUCGAUAUCCUUGCGACGACCCCGAUUCCUCUAUCUUAAAAAAGCCAAAAGCACAACAAACAAAAAAUGUCUACCGAGCAAGCCCCCGCAUCAGCUCCUUCGGGAACCAAGACCUACACCUUGAAGGACUUGCGGGAGAACGGGACGAGGGAGAAGAUGUACAUGUUGUUGCACGACAAGGUCUACGACAUUACGCCUUUCCUUGACGAGCACCCAGGCGGUGACGAAGUCCUCGUCGAAGAAGCCGGCAAGGACGCGACCGAAGCGUUCGAAGACGUUGGGCAUAGUGACGAGGCCAGGGCCCAGUUGGUGCCGCUUUAUAUCGGAGAGUUCGCUGGGGAGAAGAAGAGCAAGAAAGUCGCAGUAAACUCCACUGGCGUACCUUCAAGUGCAUCCAGUUCGGGUCCUGGCGUUGUCACCUACAUGAUCCCCCUCUCACUAUUCUUCGCUUACCUCGCUUGGAGGGUCUACUUUGCCUAGACGAUCUUCUUUCUUGAGUCGAGCGGGUUGCAAAAGAUGGCGUAGCGUGGGACGAAGUGGAAGUGCGUCGCGCUCGAUGGAAUGGAGUGCCGAGCGUGGAGAAGACGGGAUUGACUGGAAUGGAACGGGCGGGCUGGAAUGCAACGAGACGCCCGGUAGCGUUAGAGCUUAGGGAUCCGAGCUGGAGGGUUGAUGUUGACGGCAUAUGGGGUUACCAGCACGGGAAGGUGCAGGGGUCUCGAGAAAUUCUCAUUUAGAUGAUACGUAUCUACAUGUACGUAUGCGGGUUUGUUUUGUUACAUUUUCUCUUGUGAUUAGAUUGUAAGAUGCAU